GUCUCUCUCUCUCUCUCUCUCGUUCGUUCUUUCUUUCUUCCCCCUCAAGGAAGAAGACCUGAGGGAGGCGUCGUCCGAUGGUGUCGCUGAAGCUCCAGAAGCGGCUCGCCGCGAGCGUCCUCAAGUGCGGGCGGGGCAAGGUGUGGCUCGACCCCAAUGAAGUCAGCGAGAUCUCCAUGGCCAACUCCCGCCAAAACAUUAGAAAGCUUGUCAAGGAUGGUUUUAUCAUCAGGAAGCCAACCAAGAUUCACUCACGAUCCCGUGCAAGGAGGGCACUGGAGGCAAAGAGAAAAGGGCGGCAUUCUGGAUAUGGUAAGCGCAGGGGUACAAGAGAAGCUAGGCUUCCGACUAAGGUACUUUGGAUGCGUAGGAUGCGAGUUCUCAGGCGGUUACUGCGUAAGUACCGUGAGUCGAAGAAGAUUGACAAGCACAUGUACCAUGACAUGUACAUGAAAGUGAAAGGUAAUGUCUUCAAGAACAAGAGGGUGCUGAUGGAAAGCAUUCAUAAAUCCAAAGCUGAGAAGGCAAGAGAGAAGACCUUAUCCGACCAGUUUGAAGCUAAACGAGCCAAGAGCAAGGCCAGCAGAGAAAGGAAGAUUGCCAGGAGAGAGGAACGCCUGGCUCAGGGGCCCGGAGAUGGAGCACCUGCUGCUGCGCAACCUGAGGUUCCAAAGAAAGCUAAGAAGUAGAGGCACACACACGCUGUUUCUAUUCUGAAUCAUUACUCGCUCGCAGAAUGGAAGCAACAGCAAGCGGAUGAUUGCUAGUUGGAUAAUCAUGUGUGCUACACCUCACUGAUGAUGGGUGUUACCAUAUUUUGAUCGCCUAGAAACAUCGAUCACUCUCUCUUUUUUAUGUUUUUGAUAAGAUUGUCGUCUAUUGUUAAAUAAGAGUCGAGAGAUGGUGGCUAUGGUCCUUCGAACUGAUAAAACUAUGUCGAUAUCUUUGUUAGGGGAGUGAUUUUAACCACGUAAAAGUGUUUUCGUGGCA